UUGGUGUGUGUGCACAUGGGUGCAGAGGCGUCCGGCAGUCUAACCAUCCGGCAGCGGCUGGACAUUCUGAUCGGCACGGCGUGGGGGUUUGAGUACAUGCACAGCUUCAACAUCGUGCACCGUGACAUCAAGCCCGCCAUCAUCCUCAUCACCGCCGACAUGCAGGCAACGAUAGCAGACUUUGGGCUAGUGAAGCAGGAAGAUGGGCCGGGGCACCUGUCGGUGCCGUGGGUGAUGGGCACGCCGGGCUAUAUGGACCCUGCAUACCUGCUCUCACAGAAAGCCACUACCGCCACUGACGUCUACAGUGUGCUGUGAAGAGCAUCACGGACCACCGCUG